AUCAUGUACCCCAUAAUCAAAAAGAUAUGUGAGUUUGUGCUUCACAUGCCUUAUCCUUCAAUUUAUUUAAACGGUCCAAAGCAGUGACAUUAGCCAAUAUCAAACAUCAACUUAGAUUCACUUCUCGCUUAGAAACUUAACACCAACCGUUAUGAAUGCUGUUAUUGCAUAUAUCAUCACGUUCCUACUACUCUUCACAUCCUUAUCACUAGAAAAUACUAGAGCUAGAGCUGAAACACAACCACCACUAUCAGAACGGAUACAUCCCUGUUCCUCACUUUUCAUUAGCAGUGGUCAUCUCUCAUCAUGGACUUCCAAUUCUAGCCUAUUGCUUUUCCAAUUAAGACUACAAGUAACAGAGCAGUAGUGCGUAUUAUUGUUUUUAGUGUCAUUUUCUGUUCAGCGAUUUUUAUAUCCAUUCAUUACAUGUACAAGAUUCGAGUAUUAAAGUAUAAAAGGCUGAUAGAAACUGGGAACUUUGGAGGGCUAAGUGAAGAUUUGGCUUUGAGAAGGUUUACAUACAAUGAGCUAGAGAAGUUGGUGGAAGAAGGAGAAAGAGAGUUUCAAGCAGAAGUGAGAGCCAUUGGAAAAACCCACCACAGGAACCUAGUUAGGUUGCUUGGUUUUUGUGCUGAGGGUUCUGAAAGGCUUCUGGUUUAUGAAUACAUGAUCAAUGGUUCACCUGGAAAGCUUCUGUUCGGUGAUCAAAGACGUCCAUAUUGGGAUGAGAGAGUAAAAAUAGCACUGGAUAUUGCUAGAGGGAUGUUGUAUCUCCAUGAAGAGUGUGAGGCACCAAUCAUUCAUUGUGACAUAAAGCCUCAAAACAUUUUGAUGGAUGAGUUUUGGACUGCCAAGAUAUCUGAUUUUGGUCUUGCAAAACUUCUAAUGCCGGACCAAACCAGAACUUUCACAGUGGUAAGAGGGACAAGAGGCUAUAUGGCUCCGGAAUGGAACAAGAACGUGCCAAUAUCACUGAAGGCAGAUGUUUGUAGCUAUGGAGCAAUGCUGUUGGAAAUUUUGUGUUGCAGAAGAAACCUAAAUAUUUGUGUCAUGUUAUGUAUUCUUGUUUUUGUUUCACUUGUUAAGGUUGUCAAUGUGUUGUGAGAGCUAAAAUAAGGUAGCAAACCAAAAACUUAUGUAAGUUAUUCCUCUUCUUCAUGUCAAUGUCAAUUCAUGUUACAAUUUAGCAGCAAAUAUUUAAUAUUUUCUGACAAAACCAAAA